CAACAUUCCAAAAAUUAAUUAAUUACCAAAAAUUGACAAUAGCCAUAAACCAAGUCUAUCAUUUUCCAAAUCUCAAACUGACGACCAUGGAUGACGACAAGGGAAAGAACAAAGCCCACUGCUUAAUCAUUCCGUACCCAACCCAAGGCCACGUGAACCCCAUGCUCCAAUUCGCAAAUCGGUUAACCCAUAAGGGCAUCCGGGUCACCAUCGCCCUCACCAAAUUCCUCCUAACAAAAUCCACAAACGGGCCUUCCUUCGGGCCCAUCUCGGCCCGUGAAAUCUCCGACGGCUUCGACUCCGGAGGCCGGGCCGAGGCAAAGAGCUCGGAGGAGUACCAGGCACGAUUCGAAUGCGUCGGACGGGAAACUCUGACGGGUCUAUUGCUGGAUCUGGCGGGUACGGGUCGACCCGUGGACUGCGUGGUGUACGACUCGUUCAUCCCGUGGGCCGUUGACGUGGCCAAGGGACUGGGGCUGUUUGGGGCGGCUUUUUUCACACAGUCGUGCACUGUGGACGCUAUUUAUUACUUGGUGUAUAAGGGGGAAUUGAAGCUGCCUGUUGAUGGAGAGGCGGUGGUGGCGGCGGCUCCCGGGUUGCCGGAGAUGAGAUCGGAGGAUUUGCCGUCUUUUGUGUACGACUACGGGUCGUAUCCGGGUACGUUUCGUUUGUUGCUGAACCAGUUUCGGGGUUUGGAGAAGGCAGAGUGGAUAUUUAUCAACACUUUUGACCAGUUGGAAAAAGAGGUACUCGAAUGGAUGUCAAGAUUUUGGCGAGGCAAAGCAAUCGGGCCGACAAUACCAUCCACGUACCUUGACAAACAGUUGGACAACGACAAACACCACAACCUAAACAUUCUCGGCCCACCAUCAAUCACUUCCAUCGACUGGCUCAACCGACAACAUCCCAAAUCCGUCGUCUACGUCUCGUUCGGAAGCCUGGCAGAGCUAACUCCCCAACAAACCGAGGAGCUCGCGUGGGCCCUGGCCGCAUGCGGCAAACACUUCCUCUGGGUCGUCCGCUCAUCAGAACAGCCAAUGCUCCCGCCAAACUUCACGCACGACGACGUGUCAGGUAAAGGGCUCGUGGUGCCGUGGGCCCCACAAGUGGAAGUGCUGGCGCACCCGGCCACUGGGUGUUUUGUGACGCACUGCGGAUGGAACUCGACUCUGGAGGGGCUGUGCUCGGGGGUUCCGAUGGUGGCGAUGCCGCAGUGGACAGACCAGAGCACGAACGCGAAGCUCGUGACGGAUGUGUGGGCGUUGGGGAUGAGGGCUAGGAAGGACGAGUUCGGAAUUGUGAAAAAAGGAGAGAUCGUGAGUUGUGUGAGACGUGUGAUGGAAGGGGAUGAAGGGAGGGUGAUUAGGUCGAAUGCGGGUAGAUGGAGAGAGGUCGCUCGAGAGGCAAUGGGUCGUGGAGGGAGUUCGGAUAGGAAUAUCGACGAGUUUGCGAAAGGGUUGAUGAAUCUACAUGCAUGAGUAAUGUAAUGUGAUUAGUGUGUCUGUGUACUAUAUACAACAUCUAGGUGAAAUUGAGAGGUUGUUAGAUAGAUAUUGGAUACGCUAAUGAAAUGUUUGCUCGCUUUUGUUUAUGCGACUUUUCUCGUAGCCAAUUCGACAGGGUUAAUUAUGUGUACUUUGAUAAUACUAGGAGGA